GCAGGACCAUCAUUGACACCUGCCCCACUGGGUAAUGGGCCGUUUAAGACCCCACUGCACCCUCCUCCAUCUCAGGAUCCAUAUGGAUCUUUGUCACAGGCAUCAAGGCGACUCUCUGUUGACCCUUAUGAAAGGCCUGCCUUGACACCAAGGCCAGUAGAUAAUUUUUCUCAUAAUCAGUCAAAUGAUCCAUAUAGCCAGCCUCCCCUAACUCCACACCCAGCUAUGGGUGAAUCUUAUACUCACUCUUCAAGGGCUUUUUCUCAGCCUGGAACCAUAUCAAGGUCAGCAUCUCAGGACCCAUAUUCACAACCCCCAGGAACUCCACGUCCUGUUAUAGAAUCUUACUCCCAAACCUCAGGAACAGCUCGAUCCAAUCAAGAUCCUUAUUCCCAACCUCCUGGUACUCCCCGGCCUAACACUAUUGACCCAUAUAGUCAGCAGCCACCUACCCCUAGGCCUUCUCCACAGACAGAUAUGUUUGUUACGUCUGUGGCAAGUCAGAGACACACUGAUCCAUAUACUCAUCAUCUUGGGCCGCCGAGAUCUGGAAUUUCUGUUCCCUAUUCUCAGCCACCAGCAGCACCAAGGCCAAGGACUUCAGAGGGUUUUACUCGGUCCUCUAGUGCAAGACCAGCCCUCAUGCCAAACCAGGAUCCUUUUUUGCAAGCAGCACAAAACCGAGUACCAGGUUUACCUGGCCCUUUAAUAAGGCCACCUGAUACAUGUUCCCAGACUCCCAGACCAGCUGGGCCUGGCCUUACAGACACAUUCAGUCAUGCUUCCCCAUCUGGUGUUCGUGAUCCGUACGAUCAGCCUCCAAUGACUCCCAGGCCACAUUCUGAGUCUUUCGGGGCUAGUCAAGUUGUCCACGAUCUUGUUGACCGUCCAGUUCCUGGAUCAGAGGGAAACUUUAGCACAUCUUCAAACCUUCCUGUAAGCUCCCAAGGACAGCAAUUUUCCAGUGUCUCCCAGCUUCCUGGACCCGUGCCAACCUCAGGAGGAACUGACACACAGAGCACCGUGAACAUGUCUCAAGCUGACACCGAGAAAUUGAGACAGCGGCAGAAGCUGCGUGAAAUCAUUCUCCAGCAACAGCAGCAGAAGAGGAUUGCUAGUCGCCAGGAGAAGGGGCCUCAGGACACAGCCGCAGUACCUCACCCUCUGCCCCUUCCACACUGGCAGCCAGAGAGCAUCAACCAGGCUUUCACCCGACCUCCACCUCCCUAUCCUGGGAACACUCGAUCACCUGUUAUCCCCCCACUAGGACCUAGAUAUGCAGUUUUCCCCAAAGAUCAGCGUGGACCCUAUCCUCCUGAGGUUGCUGGUGUGGGGAUGAGACCGCAUGGAUUUAGAGUUGGAUUUCCAGGAGCUAGCCAUGGUCCCAUGCCAAGCCAAGAUCGUUUCCAUGUGCCUCAGCAAAUACAAGGAUCUGGAAUUCCUCCAAACAUAAGAAGACCAAUGUCUAUGGAAAUGCCUAGACCUUCAAAUAACCCACCAAUAAAUAAUCCAGUUGGGCUUCCUCAGCAUUUCCCACCACAGGGUCUGCCAGUUCAGCAGCAUAAUAUACUAGGCCAAGCUUUUAUUGAGCUGAGGCACAGAGCUCCAGAUGGAAGGUCACGGUUGCCAUUUGCUGCUUCUCCUGGCAGUGCUAUGGAGUCACCUUCUCAUCCCAGACAUGGAAAUUUCCUUCCCAGACCUGACUUUCCUGGACCUAGACACACAGACCCCAUAAGACAACCUCCCCAGUGUCUACCUAAUCAGCUACCUGUGCAUGCAAAUUUAGAGCAGGUCCCACCUUCUCAGCCAGAGCAAGGUCAUCCUGCCCACCAAUCUUCUAUUGUCAUGAGGCCCCUAACUCAUCCUUUAAGUGGUGAAUUUUCUGAGGCUCCUUUGUCAACAUCUACCCCAACUGAAACACCCCCAGAUAACUUAGAGAUAGCUGGUCAGUCUUCUGAUGGUCUGGAGGAAAAACUAGACUCUGAUGAUCCUUCUGUGAAAGAACUGGAUGUCAAAGAUCUUGAGGGAGUCGAAGUCAAAGAUUUGGAUGAUGAAGAUCUAGAAAAUUUAAAUUUAGACACAGAGGAUGGCAAGGGUGAUGACCUGGACACUUUAGAUAAUUUGGAAACCAAUGACCCUAACCUGGAUGACCUCUUAAGGUCAGAUGAAUUUGAUAUCAUAGCGUACACAGAUCCAGAACUUGACUUAGGGGAUAAAAAAAGCAUGUUCAAUGAGGAAUUAGACCUUAAUGUUCCAAUUGAUGAUAAGCUAGAUAAUCAGUGUGUAUCUGUUGAACCCAAAAUAAGGGAUCAAGGAGACAAAACUAUGGUUCUUGAAGAUAAGGACUUGCCACAGAAAAAAUCCAGUGGUAUCAGUGAGAUAAAGACAGAAGCCCUGUCUCCCCACUCUAAAGAAGAACCAGAGAGUGACAUUAAAAACUGCGAUGACAGCAGAGGAGAUGCCGAGACAGUGUGCUCACAGGCUUCUGCUCAGACCAGUCACAGUGACCGAGGAAAGCCUUCUCUGCUGACUGCUGAUCAAGAGAUGCUUGAGAAAAGAAAUAACCGGGAGAAUGCAGCUCCUGGUGUCUGUGCCAUUCAAGAGUCCACUCCUCUGCCUACUCAAGACGUGAUGAACUCUUGUGACAUAACAGGAUCGACUCCAGUUCUCUCGAGUUUACUCUCGAAUGAAAAGUGUGAUAGCUCUGACAUUAGGCCUUCAGUGUCUUCCCCACCAACUCUGCCCAUCUCACCAUCUACUCAUGGGUCAAGUUUGCCUCCUACUUUAAUACCACCUGGCCCUCUCUUAGAUAAUACCAUGAAUUCUAAUGUAACAGUGGUCCCUAGGGUAAACCAUGCAUUUUCUCAGGGUGUGCCAGUAAAUCCAGGAUUCCUUCAGGGUCAGUCAUCAGUGAACCAUUUAGGGACAGGGAAACCUACGAAUCAAACUGUGCCUCUCACAAAUCAGUCCAGCACCAGUGGCAUGCCUGGACCACAGCAGCUAAUGAUGCCUCAAACAUUAGCCCAGCAGAGCAGAGAGAGGCCCCUCCUUCUAGAGGAACAGCCUCUGCUUCUACAAGAUCUUUUGGAUCAAGAGAGGCAGGAGCAGCAGCAGCAAAGACAAAUGCAAGCUAUGAUUCGUCAGCGGUCAGAACCAUUCUUCCCUAACAUUGGUAGGAAAUUCCUUCUGUCUCAAAAUAACUUACUGGGGCAUUUGAGUACAUGCAGCAUGCUUGUAAAUACUCAUUGUUGAGAUUACAUUUGGAAUCAGUGUAAUCUGAGAAUUUUCUAUCUUCUCGGGUCUUUAAACUAACUGAAGACAGAAAUUUUAGAUUUCUUCCAGGUCAGUAAAAAUGAAGAUAACCUUGAAUUGUUACCUCAUUCAGUUUGGCUUGUGUUAAUGGUGGUUUUAGUUUUAUCUGCCAAUUGUCAUAAGAAAAUAAAUGUAAGGAAAUUAUGAUAGAAAUAAAACUUCUUGUUCUUUUGUGUA